CUCAUCAAACUCACUCAAAUCAAUCAUACUAAUUUAAUCCAAAAUUCAUCUAUACACACAAUCUAAGAUUCAUUAUAUCAAGUACCUUUACAUGAUUUGUUUGCAACAAACAACUCUUGGUAUUUUGAAUUUAAACUCGUUUAUUUUUUUAAUUCGGUUGUGUGAUGACAAUGGCAUCCCUCACUGAAGAAAAACAGAAAGAGUGUCAGCUGACCUCAGCUCGCCUGUCAUCCGGAGAAAAUGGCCAUCAGUUUAUUCCAGAGACCAGAAGACCCGACCGAACGUCAAGCUUCAGCAGUAAGGAAUUUUCAGAGUCGGAUCCCUUAUUUCACAAUGAGUUUUACGGGACAGCAUUGGCCUCUGGCACCAUAUCGGAAAUUCAUGGCCAGGCGAUGCCGAGCGAGUCGGUCCGGGCCUUGGUGAUACAGAUUUUGUUUCCAUUCCUCCUAUCCGGUUUUGGGACAGUUCUGGCAGGGAUGUUGCUGGAUGUAGUGCAGCACUGGGACGUUUUCCGUAAUGUGACUGAGAUCUUCAUCCUUGUCCCACCUCUACUGGGCCUAAAGGGGAACCUGGAGAUGACAAUGGCAUCAAGACUUUCCACUGCUGUGAAUGUUGGCAGAAUUGACUCUUCAAGCGAGAAAUGGAACCUGAUCAUUGGAAAUCUCGCCCUCAAACAGGUACAGGCUACAGUUUUGGGCUUCCUGGCUGCUCUGGUAGCUUCGGCUCUUGGUUGGAUCCUGCAGGAGGAGCUCAUUGUGAAUCAUGUAGCUCUGCUUUGCUGUUGCAGCACUGUGACAGCAUUCACAGCAUCUCUGCUGCAGGGCAUCGUAAUGGUUGGUGUGAUUGUUGGAUCCAAGAAGGUGGGCGUGAACCCUGACAACAUAGCCACGCCCACCGCUGCCAGUUUAGGUGACAUCAUCACACUUGGACUGCUGGCUGUCAUCAGUCAAGGCUUCUUUUACUGCAUGGAGCCAUACCCUUAUAUUACAUACCUGGUGUGUGUGUUUUUCCUGUGCCUGACACCAAUGUGGGUAAUUCUUUCAUUUCGGCAUCCUGAAAGCCAAAAACUGCUGUUUUCCAGCUGGGAGCCAGUAAUAACUGCAAUGUUGAUCAGCAGUCUUGGAGGACUGAUUCUGGACCAUACCAUCACUGAUCCAAAGCUUGAAGGAGUUGUUCUCUACAGUCCUGUUAUAAAUGGUGUUGGUGGUAAUCUGGUUUCCAUCCAGGCUAGUCGUAUAGCCACCUAUCUUCAUUUUCACUGUCCGCUGGGCGAGCUUCCAGGUGACGUUAAAGGAUGUUACUCCCAAUGCUGCAGCUUUUGCACCACAGGACCGAAUGGGAGAUCAGCGCAGGUGCUGCUCACGUUGGCCAUCCCAGGUCACCUGGUUUUCCUCUACACUAUUUACCUAAUACAAGGCAGCCCGGAUCCGCCCACUCCAGUCUUCAUUUUCUUCUAUUUAACAGCUGCUUCCACACAGGUGUUUCUUCUGCUGGGCAUUGUUGAUGUGAUGGUUCAUUGCUUGUGGAAGUGCGGCAGGGAUCCCGAUAGCUUCUCCAUCCCGUAUCUUACAGCUCUGGCGGAUCUUUUGGGUACUGGCUUUCUGACACUGUGUUUUCUUCUAAUGUCACUGGUGACAUAAACAUUACAAUUACAUUGUCGAAUUUACAUUUUAAUUAGGUCUGAUCUAUGACCACUCACUGAUGUGCUGGUCUAUUAUUUUAUAUUUGCCAUUUCUCUGCAGUUCAGCCAGUUGAAUAUUAUUAAAAAUAUCAGCCUCUGCCAGUCAAAUCCAUGUGUGUUAUUAAUUGAGUCGCACAAGCUGCCUCAUGUGACAAUAGCACUUCUCCAAGUCACGCAGCUGUCUUCACUGAAUAAAGAACUGCUGUUGUCGGUUUCCAAAUGUUGUAAUGUUAAAUGUGUCUCUGAUUUGCACUUAUCUUCCUGGAUCAGUAUUCUUUCUGUAUAGUACAACAUUUCAGAUUUGGUUCUAAAAUAUGUUAAUUAUGUUAUUAUGUUUCAGAAAUGUGCAUUCAGUGACAGGACAUCGUAUGGUCUUAAUUUCCAAAUAUUUGCAUUGGGCAGCCUUAUACAAUUUAACUAUGCAUGUGGAUUUUUUUUGUUUAUUAAUUAUUUAUCUUCAGGAUGUUUUAAGGAGAAUAAACACGAUAAUGUCUCAGUAAUGAUAGCUUUUUAUUAUUAUUAUUAUUAAAUCACCUACAAUAGUUUGGUUUAUGUUUUUUUACUGUAAAAAACAACAAAAAUCAAUUCAUUCAUGUUUACUUCAAAUGUUAAUAUAAGAGAAUAAUUGACUGAAGUUUAUAAAGAUUUGUACAAAUCAUUUGCAUAGAAAUCAUCUGAACAAUCCUUGGAUUACCGCUUCAAUUAUAUUUGCAGCUAUUUGAC